CCUCGAUCUGAAACCCAUCCGUCAAGAAACAGAGCAAAAGCAGAGCAUAUCAUCCCUUCACAAACACACACUUGAAAUCAAUCACAUUUCACCACAGAUCUCCAUCAAACCCGAAACCAACAAACAACAAUGUCGCUGGUGAGGCGCGGCAGCGUGUUCGACCCAUUCUCCCAGGACCUCUGGGACCCGAUCGACAGCAUCUUCCGCUCCAUCGUCCCGGCAGCCGCGGCCUCCUCCGACUUCGACACUGCGGCCUUCGUCAACGCCCGCAUGGACUGGAAGGAGACUCCCGAAGCUCACGUGUUCAAGGCGGACCUUCCCGGAGUGAAGAAGGAGGAGGUGAAGGUGGAGGUGGAAGACGGCAACGUGCUGGUGGUGAGCGGCGAGCGCAGCAGGGAGAAGGAGGACAAGAACGACAAGUGGCACCGCGUCGAGCGCAGCAGCGGCAAGUUCGUCAGGCGCUUCCGUUUGCCGGAGAACGCUAAGGUGGAGCAGGUCAAGGCUGGGCUGGAGAACGGCGUGCUCACGGUCACCGUGCCCAAGUCUGAGGUCAAGAAGCCAGAGGUGAAGGCCAUCGAGAUCUCUGGUUAAUUGCCUGAUCGUGGAGACUGGAGAAGCAUCGUGAUCGUAUCGAGUGUGCUUGUGUCAGCUGUGCUCCUUGAUGUGGUUCCUUUGAUGUUUUUGGUGUGUCUGUCUGUGUGUGCUGGCAUCUUGCUUUGUAGUCACAUUGUGUGAUGUGUGUACUUUGUUUGCUUCGUGAGAAAUAAUGAAUAAAUAAAAUUUCGAAAUUAA